AUGUUUCGAGCCAUCCUCACCACCUUCUUUUUGAUGGUCCCUCUGUAUUACAUUUAUAAACCCCCCAGUAUACUCAUUCGCUACUUUGCCCACUGCUGGCCGGACGUAUUGUUCCACGUUCCGACGACAAAAAAGAUUGUCGCGCUAACAAUCGACGACGCGCCCUCGAUCCACACACCUGAAAUUCUUCGUCUACUACAAGCCCACAACGCCGCUGCUACUUUCUUCAUCAUUGGGUGUCAAGUCCCAGGAAAUGAAGCGGUUUUGUCUGAUCUGAUUCGCGCGGGCUGCGAGCUGGGUAAUCAUGCAAUGUACGAUGAGCCAUCGCGGUCACUUAGUGACGCGGUACUAAAGGAUCAAAUCCAAGAAGUGCAGCUCAGGAUCUCUGAGGCUUAUGCGACUGCCGGUAUCCAGCAAGAUAGUUGGCUAUUUCGUCCUGGGUCUGGGUUCUUCAGCUCACGGAUGAGAUCACUGCUUCACCGGCUGGGGUAUCAGCUGGUGCUGGGUAAUGUGUAUCCGCACGAUCCACAGGUACCAUUCUGGAGGCUGAAUGCAAGACAUAUCUUGAGCAUGGUUCAGCCGGGCAGUGUCAUUGUUUGCCAUGAUCGGAGGGAAUGGACAGUGCCCAUGCUACAGAAGAUAUUGCCAGAAUUGGGGCGUCGAGGGUAUCGCGUUGUCACAGUAUCGGACUUGUUGAAAGAGGCGGAGUGA